CGAUAUAGGGAUACAAAUAUAUAUUCAACCAUAUCGAACCAUCCCUAAGUUGACAAGUAAAUGUUAUUAAAUCUAUAAUCUAUAAUCUCGGUAAUCUAUAAUGAUCCGGAAUGUGCCAAAUGCAAAUAAUGGGAAACAGGACCCGCCGAUGCCAGCGCUGGUGUACACUCAACCGCAGCUUCCUCAUGGGAACCGAUCCGCCGCACAACCAUUGCGGCAGGGAAGCAUCCACAGAAUGAAUCGCCCAGCGUUGAUAGAUGAAUUGAAGAAGGAGCGGCAGCUAAAUGAUACGCUUAAUUAUAAGCUGAGUCUACUGCGAAAUUCGAAUAACAGUCUUUGCGUUGAGCGCAGCGAGCUUGUACAUCGGAUUCAAGCUGAGGUAUCCAAGGUCGAGAAGCUCCGCAAGACCCUGGAUGAGCAAGGCAAGGCUCUUGAGACUGCGCUACAGACUGUGCAGACGCUAAAGCGGCAAAAUGCGAAUCAAAACACUGCCAUUGACAAGGAUUGCUGCAUCUGUUUCUUGGCCUGGGAACCCUCUGGACCGCAUCGUUUGGUUUCGUUGCUCUGCGGUCACCUCUUUGGCGAUGCCUGCAUCCGUGAAUAUCUAAGCCAGAAGCACGAUUGCCCAACAUGCCGCCAAGGUGCAUAUGUUGAACAAAUACGUUAUUUGUAUCCCCAGUAAUAAGACAAAAACAAUGUACUA